CGCAGUGUCUGCUUCAACAUGUCCAGAGGGAGAAGAUAAAUGGAGUAGGGGAGUUUGUAGUCGGGCUGGUGUCGAUGUCCUGGGAGGCCCGUGCUUUUGCAGGAACACUUGCUAGAAGCUAAAGUGGUGAUUAUAGGACCGGGGCAAGGUGUGGCGAGACAGGGCGGUGUCUGGGCUUUUGUCUCCGGCUGGGAGGAGUGACUAGAGCUGCUAGGAGGAGUCAAGCUCGAGCAGGAGUCACGCCGGCCGAGAGCAGACUGGCUUAGUUGAGAGAGUGACUGAGAGAGUGACUGACUGAGUGUGGGAUGGUGGGUGGACUAUACCAUGCUGGAAUACAGAGGAUGGUACAAGGACUUCACAGCAGGUUACACGACUCUACCUACAGUGGAAUAGCUUUCCUGGGAAUUGUAACAUGGCUGGAUUACAACUAAGAAGGAGCUUUUAACUUGGAUAACAACUUGGAUACCUUUUAAACUUUCAACAAGCCUUGUUUUGGGAAUACUACUACUUCUUUUUCUGGUGUUUUCCCUGAUUGCCCAAGCCUACGUUUUAAGGUUUUAAGUUUUUAAGUUUCGCAACCUUUGGUUAAAUCAAAUCCUUUUGGAGAUACUCCUUCCCUUUUUUUUCAUGGAUAUUUUUUCACCAAGGCUGUGAGUGUGUUUCAGCUGGGCUUGACUGCAGAGCACUGCUGUAAUAUGGGACACUUUGUUGCUCUACUGGACUGGAAAGACAGGCCAUGGCUCCCAUUCCUAGCGGUUCUGAUAAUUGCAGGUAAGGUUUCCGUCAACAGCUCCGAUGCCCUCCCCAGUGACCCCGCUGCUAGCGCCACCUCCAGCCCUCCAGAUAUAUACCUCCCAGCCAGCUUCAAGCUUUCAAACACCCAACUGGCCUUCUUCCUCAAAGAGAGCCGAGCCCCAGCCAGGGGUGGCUCCGGAGGCCACCCACUGCAGCACUCAGAAAGCUUUGUUGUCUUUCAGACCAAGGAGUUACCCUCAGUCAACAUCUCCCUGGGCCCUUUCACCCAGGAUCAGACCCUUUCCAAAGACCUUUUGCAGCCAUCCAGUCCUUUGGACAUCCCUGGUCGGCUAACCGUCAACUGGAAAGUUCGGGCUUUCAUUGUGCAGUCCAGGGUGUUUGCGAACAACCCGAUCGUCCAGGUGCUGUUUUACAUCGCAGGUCGUGACUGGGACGACUUUAAGGUCCAGGACAAGCUGCCUUGCGUAAGGCUGCACGCCUUCCGAGAUGUUCGGGAGAUCAAGACCUCUUGCAGGCUCCAGGGAAAUCUGGCUCAGUGCUUGGCUCAACUGGACCUUCCUUCCACCUGGUUCAACGUCAAUGUAGCCCCUUUGGGUCGGAGAAAGUCCUCCGUGUCUGACGGUCUGGAGAUGACUGGGGAGACCCUUCAGGUGGAGCUUUACUACACCCUCCAUGAUCCGGAUAGCAAAGGGGAGUGUGGGGAAAGUUACAGCAGAAGAGGAGGAGGAGGAUCUAGGGGCGAGGGCUCGUCCCAACAACCUCUACUUAGGAUAGGGAGCAUCAGCCUGUACCAGCCCAGCCAAGAGCAACUGGUGGUGGACAAGCAACUAGACAAGAACCUCUUCUUAAGGCUGCCUGACAAGCCGUUGAAGCCUGGCGAGAUUCUCAGCAUCUUGCUGUUCUUGGUGCCAAACUCAACAGUGGAGCAGUUCACACUCAAGGUGAAAGCGAAGAAAGGGGUAAAUCUACUCAAUACCGUGCCGAAGAGCAACCAGUGGGACGUACGGUGGGACGUACUUGCAGGGGCCAAGCAUUCUAUCGCUACAGUGGAAGUUAACAAGAUCCGUGGGGUCCCUGGGGAUGUGGCGGCCAACAUCGAAGUCAUGCAGCUGAAUUUUGAGAUGGAGAACUUUACCAGCCAGUCGGUGACCAGGAGAAUCAACUGGAACAUUGAUUACCGGGGACAGAACCCACCCCCAGAUUCAGACAAGGUGGUGACGGAGCUCACAGUGGUUCAGAAGGAUAUUCAGGCCAUUAUACCACUGUCAAUGGACACCGAGAUCAUCAACACGGCCAUUCUCACUGGCCGCACCGUCGCCAUCCCGGUCAAGGUUGUCUCCAUAGAGAUGAGUGGCACAGUCACCGACAUUUCAUCCUCUGUGGAGUGCAAGUCGGCCAACGAUGACAUCGUUAAGGUAUCCGUGAACUGUGACUAUGUAUAUGUGAACGGUAAGGAAACGAAGGGUUCAAUGAAUGCUCGCGUGAUCUUCAGCUACGAGCACCUGAACGCACCGCUGGAGCUGACCGUAUGGGUCCCCAAACUACCCCUCCGCCUGGAGCUCUCAGAUAACCGCCUGGCCUUCAUCAAGGGCUGGAGGGUCCCCAUCCUGCCAGAUCGCAGGUCAGCCCGCGACAGUGACGACGACGACGAGGAUGAUAAGAAAGUGAGCCGGGGCUGCACGCUGCAGUUCCAGCGGGCCCAGGUGAAGGUCCUGACCCAGUUCCACACCACCUCCACAGAGGGCACCAACCAGGUGAUCACCAUGCUGGGGCCAGACUGGCAGGUGGACGUCACUGACCUGGUGCAGGACUCGCUGAAGGUAGUGGACCCCCGGGUGGCUGAACUGGUAGACCGUACUGUGCUCGUGGCUCUGGAACAGGGCUCCACCUCCCUGAAGGUUGAAUCUCCACUGGCAGUAGAGGCUGUGUUGGGGGAGGCGCCUUUCUCCGUGGUGGACGAUAAAGUGUCCAUAGUGGAUCUGCGUGUCCAUGCCAUCUCCGGACUCACCCUGAGUCUCCAGCCCAGCCCUGGCAAUAGCCACACCAUGGUUGCCAAGGCAACUGGCUUACAGACUCUCUCCGCUCUCAAGCAGGAGGCCAGCCUCUCUAUCUGGGUGUACUACAGCGACAAUACGGCUGCUCCGCUCAGCAUAUACGACCCUAAGGACUACAACCUUAACGCUUCUACUGUAGACGACAAGGUGGCCUCCAUUUCCCAGGAGCCUCAGCAGAGGUGGCCUGUCGUUGUUGCGGAAGGUGAAGGGUCUGGAGAGAUUGUGCGUGUAGAGAUGACUAUAUGCGAAGCCUGCCAGAAGACCAAGCGAAAGAGUGUGAUUGCCUAUUCUCCGGUUCAUGUUAAGGUGCGUUUUGGAACUGAGGAAGAUUCUGAGGAAGAAGUAGAACCAGAGACUGAUGUGUCGGUCAGUACACAGAUCAGCAUAACCGAUCCAAAUAUCGAUGCCGGCUACGAACCAUCCAACGAGCAACCCGCCAGCGUCCCAAUCGAUUACACCAAUUUCCCCACCAUCAGCAUCCCGGAGCAACCGACCGAGGAGGAAGAUGAUGACUUUGUGCCUUCACCUCGUAGCAUGACUGACCUGGAGAUCGGCAUGUAUGCCCUUCUUGGAGUAUUCUGCCUGGCCAUUCUGGUGUUUCUAAUCAACUGCAUCGUAUUCGUCCUCAAGUACCGGCACAAGCGCAUCCCGCCCGAAGGCCAGGCCAACAUGGACCACUCGCACCACUGGGUGUUCCUUGGCAACGGGCAACCCUUGCGAGCCCAGAGUGACCUUUCCCCGCAGACGGUGGAGAGUCCAAGUAACCCCUUGGAAGGGGUACAGACUUGCUGCCAUGGAGACCACCACAGCAGUGGAAGCUCUCAGACCAGCGUCCAAAGCCAGGUUCACGGCCGGGGAGAUGGCAGUUCCGGCGGCUCCACCAAGGAGCCCGGGGAAGAAGCCAGCUCGCCCACGUCCAAGCGCAAGCGUGUCAAAUUCACCACCUUCACCACACUGCCCACAGAGGAGCUGCCCUACAAUUCCAUCCCAAUAGCUGACGAGGAGGACAUCCAGUGGGUAUGUCAGGACAUGGGCUUCCAAGACCCAGAGGAACUGCAUGACUACAUGCGCAGGAUAAAAGAAAUCGCCUAAUGUGGCGGCUAGGAGUUUUCUAAAAGACCUUUCCUUUCUAAUUCUAAUUCUCUUCUUUUCUUCUCCCCUCACUCUAGUGGAGUUAUCUUUUCACACGAACGAAGGAGUGACCGAGGCCUACUGUCCUGUUUCUUUGAAGGGUCGUAUUUGCACAGUGCCGUUUCCCUUCCGAACGUGUUGGAACAGCUGCGAAAGAGACUGCGAACCUACAAAAAUAGACGGGAAAGCCAAAAAACAAGACUAGAAGAUCUUUACUUUGCUAGCACAAAAUGGCUUCAGUGUUGCGUGUCGUCAUAACUCAGGCGAAGAGGGCAUCUCCUAAGGGAAACCCGUUUUGAGUUCUGAGCAAACGGUGUCACGACGGAUUCCUCGAGCGCUCAGUCAUCCUCUUAAGGAGGAGGCAUGGGGUCACCCUGCUGUGGACAGGAACUUUCUCAGAGGAACUCCACGAGUCUUUGGCACUGUGUCCGUGGUUUUAUUUUCUCUUUCUCUCUCUCUCUCUCUCUCUUUCGAACAUCCGAGUAUUCUUCUCCAACAAAGAGGCCUUUGUAGUGCAGAUUUUAAUUUUACUCAGAGAAAAAAGUGUUCGAGAGGUGCCACUCUCAUGCCGCCACUGGCAGCUUACAGUUCUGCUACGGUAAAUGUCAAAGGCGGUCAUUAGGACACAGAUACUAUUGAUUUUGAUUUCUUUUUUUCUCACCAAUGUUGAAAAACACUAAAUGGUUGUCUCUCCUUCCCCUUUUUUAGCAUCGUCUUUGAGCAACACCUCUCUUUAGUUCGCUCCCUUCCAGAAUACUUACUUUGUCAUACGUCUGUAGCAUUUUCAUACUAAAACCUAGCCUACUUUUUUGGAUGACGUCACUUAUUCACUCAUUCCCCUGGUUAAGUCAGAUGCCUUAUUAAACGAAUCCUAUCAAUCGCAGUCUCUGUUUGUGUUGACACCAUAUUUGUUCCCAUCGCUCUGUGUCAUCAUAGGGGGUAGGGGGGGGUGGCUAACCCUCCAAACGACUUUGUGUAUCCCAAUUUGGCGUCAGCAGCGAGAAAGGCAGCAGCUUCUACAUUGUAACAUGAAAUAUCUUCUCCGGCAUUCAUAUGCAUGAAAGGAGAAGCUCGAGGCACAAUCAGCUGUUUUUGUUUUUUCUCCCCCUAAAUUUGUAAAUGUUUGUAUUAUGAUAAUUAUUACCUAAACAUGCAUUAAUAUCAAUAGAGGACAUGUUACCAUGCAUUUACAUGCAUGCGGUGUCAGCCCAACCCUCCAGCAUCGUCCCCUUCCUGUGUACAUACCAUAUUCUGCUUAAUUAUUUCUACUCAGGCUCAUUGCCAUUGCGAUUCUCAGUCACCCCUGAGAGAGGCUGGAUGCCAGACAAGUGCUUGUCAUUCAUUUGGAUCUCGUUUUGUUACUCUUUUUUUUUUUUUUUUUUUUUUUCGUUUUCUUUAUUUUUAACGUCCCAACGGUUCACAUCCCAGGAUAACAUAAAAAAAGGAACUCUAAUUAAACACGCAAAACCUACUUGAACACGUGCAGGAUGUGGAAUUCUGUGUGUAGCAAAUACGUAUAAGAUCCAUAUUAUUGUCACUGAGUUGUAUGCUAAAUUUUCUGUACAUAUUCUUUCACACUUAUUUAUACACGUAGGUUUCCUUCCCUUUUUUUUAUAUUGUUUUUUAUAUAUAUAUAUUGAGCACUGGCUGUGAAGACUAGAAGAAUCUCAGAUACACAUUAUUAUUACGCCUGACUUUUUACACUAGUAAAUGCCAGUGGGGUUUGUAAGUGGAAAUGCCACAUUACUUACUUACUACAUGUUUUAUAAAUAUAUACGAGAUCUAUUUCUGAAGACUUUAGUUUUUUAGUUAUUUACAGUUAUGUUUUAGUUAUUAUCAAACCAAUAAUUCUCAAACUUGUUUUAGGGGUUUUUGUUUUUUUUCUCUAGGGCACAUUAGGCUCACUGUAAGCAAUGAAACUGUCAUUUACUAGUGUAGAAACCUUUGGAAGGGGAAAGUUUUAAGAUGUUUGAUUAAUGACUUGAUUUAAAGACUGAUUUAAAGAUUGAGAGUUGCUAAUCAUGCCAAGGAUGGUUUAAUAUAGCUGCAGUCUCUUCUGUUUUUUUUCAGGGCACAGUAAAAUCUCCUGAAGUCAUAAAUGCAUACAUUUCUCUAUUAAGUAUAACUUGUAGCUUGUUCACGUAGGCACAUUAAUCAUUUUAAAACAGUAGUCUGACACAUGUUUCUUUAUUUAUUGCCUUCUUACAUCCACUGUUCUUAAGCGUAGGUCCACUGCACUUCAAGGCCACAAUUACAGAGGACCCACUACUGACCCCUGCCUCACCUCACCUCACACAUCCUAUUCUGCCUUAUUGUAUGAUUUACAUCACUCCCCAUUCUUUUUAAUGUGAGGUUUAUUUUAAAUAAAACUCCCAAUAAAGGUUGUGUGUUGAAAUGGCAAUGGAUUUGUACAAAAACAGGCCCACAUCUGUUUGAUUUUUUGUUUUUUUUUGUAUCCAAAUGAAACUUUUUCUUUCAUUUCAGUGUUUCAUAUGUUAAUGGGAUUGUCUGGUUAAAAAUCAAAUUUACACUAUUUUAUUUUUUUUAAUCACCACAGUUGUAGCUGAUUAGCAGAGACAUGUUUGGCUGUUAGCUUAUUUAGCUUAUUUAGUUGUGCACUAGAUCUCCGAGGCUAAUGUUGCUAGAAAAUGAAAAAAAAAAAACACAAGAA